AUGGCGGUAGGCUCUUAUCAUCUGCGACGUGAAUGUACUUCGGACAGUAAUUCGCCCGACUGCGAGAAGCCCGUCAGCCAAACGCUCAUCAACGCGGUGCCCGCUGCGAUCCUGGGAGGGGUCGUUGUCAUCAGCGCCAUCGUGUUGUUCAUUAUCGUGCGACGGAAGCGAAGGCAGGAACAGCUCGAGGACGACAAAGACCGGGACUUUAUCGAGAUCGACGACUACGGACCUGCUACCGCUGCUGGCCGUCCCCAGAAUCCGCCUCAGAGACCGAUCUAUCCCGAACCGUCUUAUCAGAGAGACAGCGAAUUGUCGUUAUCCUCAGCAACACCCACGAGGAGAGUGCUUUCCCCGUCCACGACGACCUUUGACGAUGCAGAGUUCAACAAGGGUCCCUAUGGGCCUUCGCUGCCGCCUACGCCGAAUAAUAAAGCGUCGAGGAGUACGGAGGACCUCGGUCGCGUCUCCAGGUCAGAGCGGGCAUUGGUAUAA